AUGGUGCUGGCGUUUGCGGCGGAUGUGUUGGCGAGUGCCAGCGUGCAGGCCCAGGGCCCCAGCCAGUGCCCAGCCCCGCUGGGAGCCCCGGCCAGCACCACGGACGGCACCCAGGAAGCCCGAGUGCCCCUGGACGGGGCCUUCUGGAUCCCCAGGCCCCCGGCAGGUUCGCCCAAGGGCUGUUUCGCCUGCGUGUCCAAGCCCCGUCUGCAGGCUCCAGCGGCCCCGGCCCCCGAGCCCUCGGCCUCGCCCCCCAUGGCACCCACUCUCUUCCCCAUGGAGUCCAAGAACAGCAAGACAGACAGCGUGCGGGCCGCCGGCGCUCCCCAGGCCUGCAAGCACCUGGCAGAGAAGAAGACCAUGACGAAUCCCACGACUGUCAUCGAGGUCUACCCCGACACCACCGAGGUGAACGACUACUACCUCUGGUCCAUCUUCAACUUCGUCUACCUCAACUUCUGCUGCCUUGGCUUCAUCGCCCUGGCCUACUCCCUCAAAGUGAGUGGGCGNNNNCUUCUCAACGACCUGAACGGCGCGGUGGAAGACGCGAAGACGGCCCGGCUGUUCAACAUCACCAGCUCGGCCCUGGCGGCCUCCUGCAUCAUCCUGGUCUUCAUCUUCCUGCGGUACCCGCUCACCGACUACUGAGGCCGCCCGCCUGGAGACGGAGCCCUGAGACGAGGUCGCGUUCGUGGCGGCGCGAUGCUGGAUGCUGAGUGGUCGGGGCAGAGCAGGGCGUCUGCCCUGGGGCCCCCCUGAAGCUGUGAACCCGGCAGCAGGGCCAUCAGAGGCUUCGCGCAGUCAGCGGGCGGCGAGCUUUCCCCUCCUGGCCCUCCGCCUGUUUCUCGGGCCCGUGGUUUCCUCCUGCGCUGCUGCACCUUGGCUCCCAGUGGCUGCCCUCCCUGCCCGCCUGUGCCCCCUCCCGGGCUCCUGGGGCCCCUCAGACCUGACACCCAGCAAGAAGGGCUUCUGUGGGAGCCUCCCAGGAUCGGGGGGUGGCUGCCAGCCUCUGAGGACUCACUCCAUCCUCCCCGACCCUGCCUCCUUCAAGCUGUGACCCUGCUCAGAGCUCUUGUAUCUGUGAACUUUCAAUAAAAUUCCUGCCAGCUCUGA